GGAAGAUUACAUACCGCUCCUAGUAUUAAUACAAACAGAAGUAUGACUAAACUUAAUAUAGCUGGAGGCUCCGUAGGAGGACUCCACAAAAGUAUGACAGGUCUAAGUUCUUCUCAACACAUUAACGCUACUCCUGUACCUCCGCUGGCGAAUAGUGUUACUGUGACCGGAGUAAAUAAAUGGACUGGGCCAAAUGUUCGGGUAUCUAGAGGAGGUGUAACAGUCACUACUAUUUCACCACCUAGAAUGCAGAGACCUUUAAGUCAAGGUCCUUUGGCGUUUAUUGGAACCCAUCCCACUCAGCAAUUCCUAAAAGAACUCCUUCUAGAUCUUCAAAGAACGGAUGAUUAUCCCGUAGCGCAAGAGGUAAACGGUAUACUCGGUGAAGCCCACUGUGGCCAAAAAGAAGAAUUAAUUAUCGAUAAUUACAUCAUUCCCGAUUGUGAUAAACACCCCCAACAAAAUAGCGUCUAUGAAGUGACAUUCGAAAUGCACAAGGCUUUAGCGGAAUAUUAG